AUGAAGCUCUUUGUUUUGCUGUCUCUUCUUGCCGCACGCUUCAUCACCUGCUUCCCAUUCAUUGGACAUGAUACAGACAACAGCACCAUAGACACGUAUGACUACGUUGUCGUGGGUUGUGGAAUUGCUGGUCUGGUGGUGGCUGCGAGGCUGAGUGAGGAUCCAACUGUCUCUGUCGUGUGUAUCGAAGCUGGCUCUCUUGACAACUACGAGGACUCGAUCGAGAUACCCGUCUACAUCGGUGACCGCCCUGCAGCAUACGAAUGGGACAUCAACACAACUCCACAGAAGCAGCUCGAUGGCAAGCCACGUGUGACCGUCAUGGGCAAGGGCGUCGGCGGAGGCAGUUUGAUCAACGGCAUGAUAUGGAAUCGAGGCAACCAGAACGACUUCAACAUCUGGGCGGGACUAGGGAAUCCAGGCUGGGAUUGGGAGAACCUAUUGCCUUACUUUAAAAAGUCCGAGACAUACACACCACGAUACUACGAUGGCGUCCAGAACCAGCCUGUCACAUUCGACGAAUCCAUGCACGGUUUCUCUGGACCGGUCAACGUAUCUUACCCGCAAUACUUCUGGCCGCAAACAGGCAACUGGUUUGAAGCACUGAAUACCCUCCAUAUUCCGGACUGCUUCGACCCCAACGACGGAUUGUCGGCCGGGAGUUACUUCUUGCCAUCGUCGAUAGGUCCUGUCAAUCAAACGCGCUCUGAUGCGCGACAGGCAUACCACGACAUGGCUGCUGGUCGUCCAAAUUACCACCUAAUCACGAAUGCUCAGGUCGGACGGGUCUUCUUCGACAACAACUCUACAGGAUCCGAGGCAGUUCGCGCAGGAGGCGUCCAGGUGGUGGAUUUACUCAGCAACACGACCCGGUUCAUUGGAGCUGCCCGCGAAGUUAUCCUUGCUGCUGGUGGUAUUCACACUCCACAGAUUCUCGAGCUCUCUGGUAUUGGUAACGCCAGUCUAUUGGAAUCUCUCGGCAUCCCUGUUAUCCAAAAUCUACCAGGAGUAGGAAACAACUUGCAGGAUCACGCCAUGGUACAUCUAUCCUAUCCAUUCCAGAAUACAUCUGUCUCGCGCCCAGCCUGGCUACUCACGAAUUCGAGCUUCGAUUCCGCUGCACGACUUGCUUAUCUCUCCUCGCGAACCGGCCCAUGGACAGCGAAACCUUCGACCGCAGUUGCGUUCCCGUCCCUCGCGCAAAUGGCAAACUCUACCCGGUACAUAUCUCUCCUCGAAGACGCAAUGGGGCGUUUCGGGCUGGUCCCGUCCGUCCUGCCACCGGAGUACACCAGCCCGGACAGGAGCGGGUUGACCGUCCUGGUCGGGUAUGGAAUGCAACACAACAUGGUCGCCGCGUCCCUCCUGCUCAACACCACGCCGGCGUACGAGAUCCUCAACGACAACUCGGGCGGCCUGGACCUGGCGCUCAUGCGGCCGCUGUCGCGAGGGACGGUGCACAUCACGUCGGCGGACGUGCGACACGACCCGGCCGUCAACCCCAACUGGCUCAGCCACGCCGUCGACCUCGAGAUCCUGCUGCUCGCCGUGCGAUUCAACCAGAGGAUCCUCUCCACGCCGCCCAUGCAGGGGCUGGAGCCGGCCUUCGCCCCGGGCCCCGACGGGAGUAUCGCGCGCGACAUGACGCGCGAGCAGAUCGCGUCGGUGCUCCGCCGCGGCGUCGGCACCGAGUUCCACUACUCGGGCACGGCGGCCAUGCUCCCGCUCGACCUCGGCGGCGUCGUCGACCCCAACCUCACCGUCUACGGCACCCGCAACCUGAGGGUUGUCGACACGUCGCUCUUCCCCGUCAUCCCCGGCGCGCAUUUGCAGGCCGUGGCGUACGCCGUGGCCGAGCGCGCCGCAGACGUCAUCAAGGGCGUCGCUGUCGAUGUUGUGGUGGGAGGGGGAGGUUCGCCCGCGUAA